AUGUGGGGAGGGGGGGACUCAGGUGCAGAGCAGGAAAGUCCCGGGGCCUCCAGCCACCCGGCGGGGUCGUGCCAGGCUGAGCAGGACGGCGGAGGCUCCCGCUCCAGCAGCCCCACGGGGGAGGCCCCGGGCGGCCACCUGUUUGCUCCGGCCCCGAUGAAUGGCCGGGCAGCCCCAUCCAUCAGGCACCAGGCGGUGCCUGGCUCUGCCCGGCGGCCACAGCCCCGCUCAUGUGCGCUCAAUGAACGCGUGGGGAAGGCAUGGCCCCCAGGAGGCCGGCGGUACCGCCGCCGCCUUGCUUCCGAGGAGGAAACCGAGGCUGGAGAGAACAGCCGGCGAGCCGAGGCUGCAGAGCGUGUCCCUGGCACGCGUCCAGGUCGCGCCAUGACAGCCGGCCGUGGCGAGGGGGCGGCGGGCCCUUUCCUUGACAGAUGGGGAAACCGAGGCCCCCGCGGCCGCCGGGGCCGCCGGGGCUCGUCGCACCUACCCCAGCAACUCAAAUUCACCACCUCGGACUCCUGCGACCGCAUCAAGGACGAGUUCCAGCUGCUGCAGGCCCAGUACCACAGCCUGAAGCUCGAAUGUGACAAACUGGCCAGUGAGAAGUCGGAGAUGCAGCGUCAUUACGUGAUGUACUAUGAGAUGUCCUACGGCCUGAACAUCGAGAUGCACAAGCAGGCUGAAAUCGUCAAGAGGCUGAACGGCAUCUGUGCCCAGGUUCUCCCGUACCUCUCCCAGGAGCACCAGCAGCAGGUCCUGGGAGCCAUCGAGAGGGCCAAGCAAGUCACGGCCCCGGAGCUCAACUCCAUCAUCCGACAGCAGCUCCAAGCCCACCAGCUGUCCCAGCUGCAGGCUCUGGCCCUGCCCCUGACCCCGCUGCCCGUGGGGCUGCAGCCACCCUCGCUGCCAGCGGUCAGCGCGGGCACCGGGCUGCUCUCGCUGUCUGCGCUGGGCUCGCAGGCCCACCUCUCCAAGGAAGACAAGAACGGGCAUGACGGGGACACCCACCAGGAGGACGACGGGGAGAAGUCGGAUUAGGGGGC